CCUGUUGAACUCCCUGAAAGUGUCGAUUGGCGAUCGGCCGGUGCUGUCACUCCUAUUAAGGAUCAAGGACGAUGUGGAUCUUGCUGGGCGUUUUCCAGCACAGGUGCACUUGAGGGCCAACAUUUUCGUAAAACAGGGAUUUUAGCUGGUCUCUCUGAGCAGCAGCUAGUUGAUUGUAGUUCUGCCUAUGGGAACAUGGGUUGCCAGGGUGGCUUAAUGGAUAAAGCAUUCCAAUAUGUCAAAGAUAACAAUGGAAUUGAUGAUGAAAAAAGUUAUCCUUAUGAAUCAGGAAAAACUGGAGAAGCCAGCGAUGUAUGUAAAUUUGAAGAACAAUUUGUUGCCGCAAAGGUCACUGGCUUUGUCGAUCUGCCAUCUAAAGAUGAGCGUAAAUUAAAGGAAGCUGUUGCUAAUGUUGGGCCAAUAUCGAUUGCAAUUAACUCUGGUUUGCUUUCUUUCCCACACUACAAGCAUGGUAUAUAUGAUGAUCCAGACUGCCAAGGGGACCCAACAGAUUUGGACCAUGGGGUUUUGCUUGUUGGGUACGGAAGUGAAAAUGGCACUGAUUAUUGGCUGAUCAAAAAUAGCUGGGGAACUUCCUGGGGAGAGGAUGGCUUCGUACGCAUUCGGAGGGAUCACAGGAAUCUUUGCGGUGUUACCACAGCUCCUUCUUAUCCAUUGGUUUAG